AUGUAAGAAGCCCUAGGGUGAAUUAUCCCUCAAAACAAUCAUCAGUGCAGAGAGAGAGAAUCCAAACACACUUUCCCUAAAUUCAAGAAACCCCCAAAAUUUUGUACAUCAGCCCACCAGUUCAACAAGGCGCGAAUUUCAAUAUAUAAUGUUCGAUUCCCUCUUCUUCUUCAAACUGCUUGAUUUGAUAUUCGCAACCCCGCCGUGUUUGCUUCGCUCUGCAGCUUAAUCAUUCGACAUAUUCCUGUAAACGAGCUGGAAUUUGUGGGGAAAUGGCGGAUGAGAACUCUACACCGCAUAAAAGAGGACCUUUAAAAUCAUCAGUUGGAAGUGCUGCAGUGCAGAGGAGACGAGAUCAUGUUGUCACGGUGCGGAAGGAGAGAAGAGAAGCCCUAAUGCGGACCAAGCGUUUAUGCAGAGUGGGAGUUAGCAGUGACGAUGCUGAUGUUCCUGUUGAUGCCGACAUGGCAACCGAUGAAGAACAAUCAGUGUUGGAGGACCAGACUCUGAAAUCCAUUGAAGAACUAAACCUUGCCAUUGCCUAUCAAGGAAAAGGAGCAAUGCAAAAGAGGGUUAACGCUCUUCGUGAGCUACGAAGGCUAUUGUCAAAAUCAGAAUAUCCUCCAGUUGAAGCUGCCCUCAAGGCUGGAGCUAUGCCAACUCUGGUUCAAUGCCUUUCAUUUGGUUCACCUGAUGAACAGUUGCUUGAGACAGCUUGGUGCCUAACAAAUAUAGCAGCUGGAAAACCAGAAGAAACAAAAGCCUUGUUGCCUGCAUUACCUUUACUUAUUGCUCAUAUGGGAGAAAAGAGCUCACUGCCUGUUGCAGAGCAAUGUGCCUGGGCAUUGGGAAAUGUUGCUGGUGAAGGAGAGGAACUGAGAGAUGUUCUCCUAUCUCAAGGAGCUUUACUGCCUCUUGCAAGGAUGAUGCUACCAGACAAGGGAUCAACUGUGAGAACAGCUGCUUGGGCAUUAUCAAACUUAAUUAAGGGACAUGCAAAAGCUGCUACAGAAUUAAUCAGACUUGAUGGAGUUCUUGAUGCAAUUCUUCGACACUUAAAAAGAGGAGAUGAAGAACUGGCGACUGAAGUGGCAUGGGUGGUUGUGUACCUCACUGCCCUUUCAAACGUUGCUACCAGUAUGCUAGCAAAAAGUGAUCUGCUACAAAUACUCGUAGAUAGACUGGCAUCAUCAAAUAGCUUGGAACUUCUUAUCCCGGUGCUAAGGAGUCUGGGUAAUCUUGUAGCUGGCGAUUCUUAUGUCACCGACAAUGUCCUUGUCGCUGGCAGUGAAAUCACAGUGCGUGUAAUUCAAGUGAUGAUCAAAUAUUUGAGCAGUGAACACCGUGUCUUGAAAAAGGAAUCUGCUUGGGCUCUAUCCAACGUGGCUGCUGGUUCUGUCGAGCAUAAAAAACUAAUACAUUCAAGUGGGGCUGUCUCCAUACUCAUACGCCUUCUCUCAACUUCUCCAUUUGACAUAAGGAAAGAAGUUGCAUAUGUCCUUGGUAAUUUAUGUGUUGCCCCCUCUGAAUCUGGACGUCCUGUAUUGAUUGUUGAUCACUUGGUUUCUCUUGUUGGCGGAGGAUGCCUAAGUGGUUUCACAGACUUGGUGAGGUCUGCAGAUAUCGAGGCCGCCAGGCUUGGCCUGCAAUUCUUGGAACUGGUUCUGAGGGGAAUGCCAAAUGGCGAGGGCCCAAAGCUUGUGGAGGCAGAGGACGGGAUUGAAGCCAUGGAAAGGUUCCAGUUUCAUGAAAAUGAAGAGCUAAGGAGCAUGGCUAAUCAGUUAGUCGACAAGUACUUUGGCGAGGAUUAUGGACUUGAUUCUUAGGGUUGAGACCUUUCAGUGAUGCAAGGGACAUGUUCUCGUAUUAGUGGAUGCGUUUUGGUUGCAUCGGAAGUGUUAGUGAAGCUGAAUGCAUUGUAGAGCACUGAUCGUUCAUAUGUAUAUCAACCUGUCUUUAGUUUGGAUGUAGAUGGUGGUUUGGAAUUGUAACUUAUUGUUGUGUUGUGUGUUUAAAUUUUCUUUAAGUUAAAAGAAUGAAGGGAAUCUGUGAGGUGUUCUAUUUCCCGCA